GUUCGGUGAAGUGGACAGGUACUGGUGUGUUCUGUAGCCUUUUUGGUGACUAUAUCUUCAUGUGGAAACAAGGCUAAACACUGAGGACUCACAACGGCCUCCUGUCACUUGUAAAAGUUAUGGUGAGUGAGUGCUGGAUGCCGCGUCGUGGGCGGUCGGCAGCUCCGGAACGGCUUAGCAGCUGCACGUGCCUCUCCGCGGGUAUUGUGAAGCGCCGUGCCAACUCCCAUGACUUUGCAUAAUGAGAUGUGAUGGAUACUUGAGCAGAUGAGCUAGGAUGAAGAGAGUGACGGUGCAUAUACGUGAAGAUGGCGGGGGCACGUUGGAUCGAGUUGGUGUUCAACAAGCGAGAGUGCAUCAAGUUCAUCCCCAGCAGCAAGGAUAACGCCAGAUGUUGCUGUGGGCAGCUGUGGCAGUUCCACCGUGAUGGCUCUCCGGCAACUCUGCGCCAGAGCCAGGAGCUUCACUGGAGCCCCUCCCGACACACACAGCUACAGCCAACAGAUGCAUAUGGGACUCUGGAAUUUCAGGGGGGUGCACAUCCUACCAAAGCACAGUACAUACGGCUGGCCCAUGACACACGACCUGAACACAUCCUCCAACUACUUACUGGCGAAUGGGGUCUUGAUUUACCAAAGUUACUGAUAACGGUACAGGGAGGCAAGACUAAUUUUGAUCUUCAACCCAAACUGAAAAAGGUCAUCAGAAAGGGCUUACUAAAGGCUGCAAAAACAACUGGUGCUUGGGUGUUCACUGCUGGCACAAACACAGGUGUUUCUCGACAUAUGGGUGUCACAAGGCAUGUUGGUGAAGCCCUUGUGUCCGAAAGUUCCCUCCGAGUCCGUGGGGGCCGUGUUGUCAGUGUCGGGAUUGCUCCUUGGGGUAUAAUUGAAAGACGGCAGGAUUUGAUUGGGCGCAAUAAAGAUGUUCCUUACAUUCCCAUCAAUGCACCAAAGUCAAGAUUUGUGGCGCUCAAUAGCCACCAUACCUUCUUCCUAUUAGUUGAUAAUGGAACCAUUGGGAAAUAUGGCCCAGAACUGAUCCUUCGUAGAAAAUUAGAGAACUAUAUUUCAAAGCAAAGGAUUGAAGCCCGUGGUGGACUAGCAACUCCUGUGGUAUGUGUGGUCAUAGAAGGAGGUCCACAGACCAUCAGACAAGUCUUGGAAUAUGUCACAGAUUCUCCUCCGGUCCCUGUCAUUGUUUGUGAUGGAACAGGAAGAGCAGCUGAUAUUCUCGCCUUUGUUCACAAAUAUGCCUCUUCUGGUCUAAAUCUAAUUGAGGCAAAUAGAGAUACCAUUAUUCUCACUCUGGAGAGAGUUUUUGAAAUUAGACCAUCACAGGCAGAAAAACUUUUCACAGAGGUGCUGCAAUGUGUUCGCAAAAGGGAUCUAAUUACAGUGUUCCGUCUGAAAGAGGGAUGUGAAUUAGAUCAGAGCAUAUUGUCUGCUCUUCUGCAUGCUCAAAGACUUAACCCACCAGAACAGUUAUCUUUGGCUCUCACCUGGAACAGAGUGGACAUUGCGAGAUCGCAUGUAUUUAAUGAAGAUGUUGAGUGGCCAGAAGGUUCAUUAGAACAAGCCAUGAUGGACGCUUUGGUAAAUGAUCGGAUUGAGUUUGUCAAGCUUCUUCUCGAGCAAGGUGUCACUAUGACUAAAUUCCUCACCAUCCAGAGAUUAGAGGAACUCUAUAACUCAAAACAAGGACCAGCUAACACUCUCCGAUACAUUAUCAGAGAUGUAAAAAAGAACAUACCUCGAGACUACAGAUACACUCUGAUAGACAUUGGGCUUGUUAUAAACAAGCUAAUGGGUGGUGCUUACAGGUCAUUCUACUCGCGGAAGAAGUUUAGAACUUGUUAUGAAAAUAGCAUGGCCAGGUCACCACGGCUUCAGCGGAUAAAUAGCCACAUCUUCCACAACAGCAAAAGCCUUCUCCAGAAAUCUUCCACUUCCCCUAAGUCUUUUAACAACCUAACAGAUUUACAGUCAGACUUUGAGUUUGAAUAUCCAUUCAGUGAGUUGCUGGUUUGGGCUGUCCUGACCAAGAGACAAGGCAUGGCAAUGCUGAUGUGGCAGCAUGGGGAGGAAGCCACAGCAAAGGCUCUUGUGGCUGCCAAGCUGUACAAGGCUCUGGCACAUGAGGCGGCUGAUGAUGAUCUAGAAACAGAAGUGUAUGAGGAGCUUCGAAGUUAUGCCAAAGAAUUUGAGGCUCUAGCUCUACAUGUGCUAGACUACUGUUAUCAACAAGAUGACGACCGUGCCCAGCAACUUCUAACAUAUGAACUAAGGAAUUGGUCCAAACAAACGUGCCUUUCUUUAGCUGUGGCUGUCAACCACAGAGCUCUCCUUUCACAUCCAUGUUGCCAGAUUCUUCUUGCAGACCUCUGGCUUGGGGGUUUGAGAACAAGAAAAAAUACUAAUGUCAAGGUAAUGUUAAGCCUACUCUGUCCACCACUGAUCCUAGUCCUGGGGUUCAGGAGCCGGGAAGAGCUCAAGACCAUGCCACAGACACGUGAGGAACACCAAGAAGAAGAUCCUCUGAGGUCGUCUGAUUCUGAGAGUGACACAGAUUCAGAUGAAGAAAACAUGGAUAUGAGGAAUGACCAUGAUCCAGAGACUGGUCGACCAGCUAGUGUCACCAGCACAGAGAUGGAGGAAAUGGAAGGGGAGUAUAAUGUUGAUGCAAAGGCACAGCUGGUCCACUCUGUGUCGCUUGUCUCACACCCCGUCACCCCAACCCUCCAGGCUGAGGCUCCUCUGUGCAACAGCAGUAAUGCAGCACAGCUUUCAAGUGCUUGCUUAUCACCACCAGCAUCAGAGGCACCAACUACAGUGGAUGGAAAUGACACAACUGUGAGACAAAAUGGGGCUUCCAUGGGUCACUUGUCUGUCCUUGACUCAACGGUUUUCACAGAUCUACACUCAAAACAGCUGCCAGCUAGAACAAAGUUUUAUGAGUUCUACAAUGCUCCUAUUAGCAAAUUUUGGGCUCAUUCUAUGGCCUAUGUAUUCUUCCUGUGUUUAUUUACCUAUCUUGUGCUAGUUAAAUUGCCAAAAAAGCCACAGUGGAUGGAAUGGUAUGUAGUUGCUUACAUCUCCACACUUCUGUUGGAGAAGAUCAGAGAGAUACUGUCGACAGAACCAGUUGAACUCAAGCAGAAAAUAGCAGUAUGGUCAGAUAAACUCUGGAAUGUCUUUGACCUCAUAUUUACAAUACUUUUCUUGAUUGGCCUGUGUUUAAGGCUCCAAGAUCAAACCAUGCAAGCUGGAAGGGUCAUUUAUUGCGUUGACAUAAUAUACUGGUACUUAAGAGUUCUAGAGAUCUUGUCAGCUAAUAAAUACCUGGGUCCACUUGUGAUGAUGAUGGGGAAGAUGAUAAAAAACAUGGCAUAUUUUGUGGUGUUAUUGUUAGUUGUCCUGAUGGCUUUUGGAGUGUGUCGGCAAAGCAUACUGUUUCCAAACGAGGAACCACAUUGGAGAUUGGCAAGACAUAUAUUUUAUCAGCCAUACUUCAUGCUUUAUGGUGAAGUGUUUGCCGGUGACAUUGACCCCGAAUGUGGUGAAGAUAAGGAAGUUCCUUGCCAUCCUGGACGUUGGAUCACUCCCACCGUCAUGUCCAUGUACCUCCUAGUGGCUAACAUCCUCCUCAUCAAUCUCCUCAUUGCUGUAUUUAAUAACAUUUUCACUUCAGUCAAUGCCAUAUCUCACCAAGUCUGGAUGUUUCAGCGAUUUCAGGUUGUGAUGGAAUUUGAAGAGAAGCCAGUGUUCCCACCUCCUCUCAUCAUUCUGUCUCACAUUCAUCGUGCCAUUAAGUAUUGCUUCAGACGAUGGAAAGGAAAGCCAUUCCUGUAUGAUAAUGGCCUGAAGUUAUUCCUCGAUGGUGAAAGUCUUGAGCGAGUACAUGACUUUGAAGAAGAGUGUGUGGAUGGCUAUAACAGAGAGAAGGAGCAGAAAGAACAGAUGAGUACAGAGGAACGAGUUCGAGUGAUGGCAGAGCGAUCAGAAGCAUUGAUGCAGAGAGUGGAAGACAUGCAUGGCAAAUUUCUUGCAGCAAUGAGCUCCUUAAACAGCCUUGAUUUCCAUGUUAAGAGGCUGGAAGAAAUAGCAGAACAAACAAAAAAUAGUUAUGCUGUUGUCCAUCGUUUUAUGCUGAGCCAUGUUGGCAGACCAAGGAGAUCAAGCUCUCCCCGCUCAGGUUCUGCCAGUCCACGUUCUGAUGGGGGAACUCCCCGUUCUCUCUCUCAGUCAAGUCUUCAUCAGUUAUUGGAAGAAGCUGAACGUCAGAUGCUAAGGAAACCUCUUCAGGAGCCAGAAACUAGUGACAAAGAGCAGAGUGACACCACAGAUGCUGAGCAUGAGGCAGCAAAUAAAUUUUUGAAGUCCUCCCCAACUGCUCAAAGUUCAAGAGAACCUGGAAAAUCAACCACAGUGGAUGAAGGAAUAGUGAGAGGCUUCAGUCUAGAUCCAGUCAAUAUUUCAGCAGAAGCAAAAAAAGUAAAAACACAGGGUCGACGCAAAACUAGAUUGGACUCUGAAUCAGGUAGUUCUCUGGGCCGUGCAUCUCGUGAGCGUAAGCUUUCUGGAGAAAGGAAGAGCAGUAUCCGUAAAUCUUCAAGGAAGGGCUCAGAUGGGGCAAGGGGAUUUAGUCCAUCUAGGGUAUGUUUCAUGGAUAUUAAUGUUGCGUUAGAAGAUUCUGAUUCUGGAGAUGUAGAUGUCAAAGAGAAAAAUCUCAAUGAAGAAGACGAGCAACCAAGGUAUGGUAGAUCAGUAUCCGUUCCAGAUGAGGCAGCAGUUCGCUCUCCAACCAGGUAUGAAAGGAGUCUUUCUUCUGUUUCAAGUCGACCAAGGAUUCAGGUGAUACCACCAUCAUCACCACCGCCUAUCUUUACUUUUACUAGUGAGUACACAAGUUUGGCAGAUGAGUUGGAGACAGCAUGUAUGGCUAGAUUGUCUCCACCUUCUUCUCCAAACCUCCAUUAUCCUCAUAGAAGUGAUCCCCAUUUAAGGCGACGGCACUUCUCAGAAUCUGCCAGUAUUUCCAUUACUAUCUGCCCUAAUCCUCUGCGUGAUGCUGAAGAAGCAGAUUAUCAACUUAUGGAAGGACUUAUUCAAAGAAGAAUGCAUAGAGAUUCAGAAAACUUGGCUGUUUCGCUAGAGGACCUCUGUUCGGUACAAACAGACAUGUCUGACAAUGAAGAAGGAGUGACUCCAAUGCGUUCCCGCCGUGGUUCAAGAGCAGCAGAACUUCGAAAAAGACAUAGCACAAGUAGCCUUGACAAUGCCCCUUCACAACUACUAGUUGUGCCUGGGGCAGUUCAAAUGGCAACCUCUUACACAAUAUCCCCAACAACUCUUCAAGCUGCACUUCGAGGUGAAGAUGGUGUCCGCCUGGCAUCCUCAACACCUGGAACUCCAGGAGCACGUCGAUCUUCCCUGAGAGGAGAUAUGCAUCACCAGUGGGCUUCCUCAAGUGCUUUGCCAGCAUCUGGAGGAUGGCUGUCACCAAGAAUUCCCCGUCCACGAACUCCACCAUUCAUACAUCCUGAUAAUCCUGCAUCAUCCUCUGUUGAUGAUGAGGAUGCCAGAAAUGUUUCACAAGAUGAAGAACAUCCUCACAUGUCAACUCUACAAGUGCCAAGCAUUAGAGAAUCUGAAGGUAGGCCAAGGGACACAAUUACAGAAACAGAAUGUUAAAAUACAUGGCAUAUUCUUUGGAAAGGCUAGUCAAGAAAACAUGUGAAGAAAAAAGAAAUGUGCUUAUACUUCAGUGGUGAAAAUUAUUUAUGGAAUUCAGAAUACUAAGAAAAGCAUGUCUGUAAGUGCAUGUGUGGUGUGUAUAUGUAUAGAAUGCAAGUAUUUGAGCAUGUAUGUAUUUGAAAUCAUAUAUUCACACGAGGUAAUUUCUUCAUUAUGAGUAUCCAUUACGACACCUAAGGAGUUUUUAAAAAUGAAAAAUAAAUUUGUUGAUAUAGAGAAUAUAUUUGUGCUACUCCUUUGUUAUCCCAGUUGUUGGACUUCAUUACCCACCUUGGUGUCUCACACCCAUAGGAAAGGGGAUAUGGCAUUGUAUACAGACCAUAUAUUGUAGAGGAUGAAUAAAACAUCUUGUGCAGAAUUAUUUUGCCAUUUUUCCGCACUUUCAUAAUGUUAUCAUAUAGGACUGUAUUUACAGCUUACCAAAAGUUGACUUUAAUGAGAAGUGUGAAAUUUAAGGCUUUGUUUCCAUAAGUUAAUAUUAUCCAUGCUGUAAUAAUUAAAUGAUAAUGAAAUUGAUACCUAAGUAUUUAUUCAGUAGCACAAUCAGAUUUUUACAAAGAACCUGCUGCCUGUGUAUGCUGCUGUUUUAUUCAUCUGUCUGUAGUUACCAAGGUUACCAUCCUGCUGUAUGAAUUUAAACAUUCCUUAAUGUUUUUUCCUAAUAGUUUUGUAUUGAUUCUCUUGUCAAGAAUGUUUACAUUAUAUUUUUCUUAGUUGUUCUCACUUCUUUGUCUGUUAUGCAGUUGAAAUCUGCUCACUAUUUGUUGAUCAUGUUAUGGGGACACUUUUGCCAGGAGUAAGUAAAUGAAGUUCAUGAAGAGCACAAGUAAUUGUUAUGUUGAUAUCUGGUGACAUUCAGAUUUGCAGAACUCCAAGCUGCUAAAAGUUAUUCCUUCUAGACUGAAGAGAUGACUCUUCAUAGUAGAAUAAGGACAAGCAUAGAAGUUGUGACUUUGCAGCCUCUGUUCAGGGUAUCCAAAGACAGGCAUGUCUUGUGUGUUGCCCAUAGAGGCCUGCUCAUUCAGUUAAGUGGCUAUGUCUGUAUGUGCUAUAGGUGAGUGUGGAUAAGUCAGUAGAUGAAUAAACUGAUGUUGUGCCACUGUAUAGAAUAUGGGAAUAACCACUUGAGAGAUACUGUCAUACUCCAACUUGGCUGUGGCUAUUGUUAUGAUAUAUUUAUUUAUCUCAUAUUUAUUUCUCAUUUGGUUUGCUGUAUGUACCUGCCUGGAGGUCUUAGGCUUCUGUUUUCUUAAAUUAUAUAAUGGUUUACUUUCAUUUAGCAGUGACACAAAGUACAGCAAAGCAUUUCACAUACUUAUGACAAAUCCUUAUUCAGUGUUAUACUGAUUUAGUUUUUUUUUUUUUUUUUUUUUUUUUUUCUCUCUCUCCUAUAUUUUGGAAAUAGCUGAAACAAACAUAUUUUCAGGGUUAUUAGUGCUGUUCACUGGUCACCCUUGGUCCAUUAUGAUUUAACUUUUUGAAAGUAGGAUGAUACAAAGCUGUGAACUCUGUAUGUUAAUAGAUAAAAUAGAGUAAUGAACAUGGUUGUAAUUUAUAUGGCUUUUCCAUUCUGCAAUUACUUACAUCAAUAGUUGAAAUUUAUUAAAUCUUCCAGCUCAUUUAUUUUUCUCAUUCUUACUGCUUCUCUUACAUGCUGGGAUGAAGUGUUUACUGGUUGUUUAUUGUUUCCAGGCUCUUUAACUGGGAAAGCAAUUUUUUUUAAUCUAAAUUAUUUAAUAUUCAGAAAAGGGAAAUAUUUUUGUAAUAUAAUUUUGGUUGAUGUUCAGUAACAUCUUUUUUUAAAAAUCAUAAAAAAAAUAUAUUUUACCUUUAUGUACUGGAUUCUACUUUGUAUAUGUUAGCUCAUUUCAGUGUGAUACCAUAGGCAACAACUAUAACAGCCCAGACAAAAGAGUAAUACACAAUGCAGGCUCACACAUUUCACACAAACACUUGUAUAUGAGCAUGCACAGCCACACACAUACAGAAAAAGGAAAGUGUAUUAUGUGUGGAUGUACAUAUAAUAUCAGCUAUAAUCAGAAACAAUCAAAUGUAUAAUUAUAUUGAGCAUGUUCAUAUACAAACAUAAGGCAUACUUGACAGCAUCUACAUACCUUUUCAUAUCAUGUAUUGUUGUCCACAGUUCUAGUCAAUCUUCCAGGUCACAUUUCAUAAGAAGACUGCUGUUUUGUCUAAAAAAACACUGAUUUGAUAUUUUAAACUUUAUAAAUGUAAUUUAUUUAAAAAGACAGUAGUAACUUUGGAAACAAAGGAAGGCAACAGUUUGUUUUGAAUUAUCACAAUAUUAUUGCACUGUUAAUUCAAUCACUUAGUAUUUUUAGAAUGCGUGAUCUAUGAUCAUCUUGUAUUGUAUUUAGUUAAUUAUUAUUAUUAUUAUUAGUUUUCUUUUCUUCUUACAAACAUUCUAAUUUUCAAUUUAGCUAUAUGAUAACGAUGCCAUAAAGUGAAACAAAGUAUUCUCUUGUUAUUUUGCACCAUGUUUUUAAAUUUUGAAAUGGAGUUAAAGAUUAUAUAUUUGUAAAUAGCCAUUAUAAUAGCCUACCUAAAAAUAAUAUCAAUUCCAUGCAGUGCACACCUGUAUACUAGAAAUUAAUAAUGUUGUGCACAGGUUAUCAAAAUAUCCUACAGACCAUCCUGUUUCUCCAGUUGUACAUAGAUGUAUUAAGUCCUUAUUAAAAACUUGUUGAUUUUUAUAGAUAAAAAUUGUAUCAUACCUCAAAUCAAAAUUGUUAUUGUUGAUGGGGAUCACAAAGUCUGGUGAUGUUCUUUUGCAGAUUGUGAUUUGUGUCUGACAAGUUAAUUGGUAUGGAGGAAUAAUUAUUCUGGGUUUUAUUUGUAAACCUAAAUUAUUUGAGAAUAUUUGCAUUUCUCUAUCCCUGGUUGGGUAAACACUUGUAAUAUUAUGUAUUGAUAUGAAAUUUUUUAUGUAAUCAUGAAAACUCAUUUUUGUAACACUCAUGUUAAUGAAUUGUACAUCUGAAAAGAUGAGACAUAAAAAGAUGACUUUCAUUAUUAAAAAUAAAGCAAUAAUAUUUACUGUUAACUUGUUGACUUUUUACUAGUUAAUUUUGGUGGUAAGAUUUACUAUUCAGAAUAAAUGCCGCCAUAUGCUGUAGAAAGUGAUCAUCAGUGUUCAUUAAAUCUCCAAUGUAUGUACAGCUUAGUUACUUCAGUUCAUGCUUUAAAGUAAAUCCUUGUUAGGGACUGUGAAGAAUAAAGAUAUUACAAUA